GCUCCACUUCCUUCCUGCCGGCACCGCUCUCGCCCCCUCCGCCGUCGGUCCGCACUGCGGCUCACCUGGGAGAUGACCAGGCGGAAGGUGAAUCCCAGCAUCCCGCCGCAUUCCAUGUCGCGGCGCUCCGCCCCGGCAGACUCCACCGAGCCCACCUUCGCCGAAGGCUUCAUCAAUCACAAGGUCGUGUCCAAGGCCGAGCGCCGCGCCAUCCACGAGGCAGCGGAGAAGGCGGCGCAGGAGAAGAAGGCCGCCAAGAAAGCUGCAAACCAGGCCAAGAUAGACGCAGCUGCGCAGGCGAAAGAGCAGCGCAAGGCGGCAGCAGCCAGAAAAGCCGAGCGAAAGGCGCGCCACGAGGCCGAGGUCAAGGCGGCCCAGGAGCGCAAGGCCGCGAAGCAGGCUGCGGCACCAGCAGGGCCGGCAGCAGCGGGUGCCAAGAAGAAGAGCAAGCAGAUCGUCGAUACGGCUGAGGGAGAGCGGUCGCGCGAGGAGCGAUACCGCGCCCAGCAGGCCCAGCACCGCGCGCCCGCGCCCAAACUGCCGAUGCCCAGGAAAGAGGCCAGCUCUGCACCUCGCGCAGCCAUGAAGGCCGAGUCAGCAUCACGCAAGGCCGACGAGGUGCCUCGCUUCGACGCCGCAUUCACCUUUCCAGACGAUGCCGGUCCGAGCGCCGCUGGCCCGUCGAGCUCUGCGCGCGUUGCUGCGCCGAAGGAGGAAGAGGCUGAGGAGGAGGAGGGCGAGUGGAUGGGCGAUGCCUCCUUCACCCUCGACGCGGCGCCGUCGCAGCCGUUCGGCCUCGAGGCGCUCGCCAAGCCCGUCGUGCGCGCGCCGUCGCCGCUGCGCCAGGAGCAGCAGGUGAACGGCCUGCUGCUGCCGGGACACGUGCAGAUCGAUGCGCCGGCGGCGUCGCCUGAGCGCACGGCAGCGCAGGAGGAAGAGGCGCGCAAGGACGACUUGGCUGCGCAGGGCGAGCUGGGCGACUAUGCGCAGCUGGACGACACGUCGGGCAAGGGCCGCUACUACGAUGCAGAGGAGAAGGCGGAGCGCCUGGCGCGCGAGGAGUGUCCUGUCUGUGGCGAGCUUGGGCACGACAAGAAGGGCUGCACGCACUCGCAGUGCCUCGCUUGCGGAGCGCUGGACGAGCACUCGACGCGCGACUGCCCGCUCGGCGUCGUCUGCUUCCGCUGCGGCAACACUGGCCAUCGCUCGCAGAACUGUCCCGUGCCGCGGCGGCAUGGCGGCUACCAGUCCUCGUGCGCGCGUUGCGGCUCGCCGCGCCACGUGGAGAAGAACUGCCCGACGCUGUGGCGCAUCUACGCGUUCAGCACGAACGGCGAGUGGCGGCGCUUCCGCCGGCGCAAGGCGAUGGGUGCGGAUGAGAGCGAUGGCAAUGCGUCGGGCAGCGACAUGGCAGUGUCGAGUGGCGAGGAUGAUGCGGCGCGGAAGAAGCGCGAGCGCAGCCCGGCGCGCGACUGGGACCCAGCGGUGCUGUGGUGCUACAAUUGCGCGGCUGCCGGCUCUCACUGGGGCGAUGACUGCCCGCUGCCGCGCUGCAACCCGACGCGCUCGUCUGGCGACCCGUCGACGUUCAGCGACUUCCUGUCGCGCUCCGGGCCAUUUGGCCAGUACCUGCCCGACGCACCGGAUCCGUGGGAGACGUCGUAUGGCGACAGUCGCGGCGCAGGCGGCUCCCGCCAGAGCCACCACAUGCCGGCGUCGCGGGCCGGUGCUGGCAUCGAGUUUUCGGUCGGGCCCGGCGCAUCGAUGCAUUUGGCCGCAGACCCGAGCCGCGGCGCUGCACAGACGGUCGACGACCUCUUCGCCGGCAUUCGUCCUGCAGGCCGAGGCCACAGCCGCGCGCGACGCCAGCCCGACCACGGCAGCUCGCGCACAAGCUCGCGCGACGAGCAGGCGUCGAAGCGUCGUCGGCAUGAGGAGGCUGAGCGCGACGAGGAGCCUGACUGGUUCGACCGCCACUCGGCGCCGUCUGGCAGCAAGGGCUCGCACGCCGGCCGGCAGGGGCAGUCGCUUGCCGAGCGGCUAGCCUCCGGGAGCAGUCCGCGCAACGGCGGCAGCAGCAGCAAGCGCCCUCGUCGCGACAUGGACUCCGACUCGGACUCUGACGACUCGCACUCGCGCUCCGGUCGCUCUGACCGCAAGGGCGGCAAGAAGAGCUCCAAGAACGAGCGCAUGCGGCAGCGCAAGGAGCAGAGCGAGCGCGACCGCGCCGCACACCAGGCUCGUGUGGCCGCUGGUGGCGGCAGCAGCGAGCGCAUCGACGAGGACGCGCGCCGCGAGCAGAGCCGCCGCGAUCGCGAGCGCAACCGCUUGGCCGAGGAGGCACGCUCUCGCCGCGCCGGCCAUGAGAACCGCUCGCGCGGCGAGCCCAGCUUCGGGCCGUACUCGCGCGACGACGGCGAGCGCCGUGCGCCGCAGAGCGACAGCCGGGGCUUCCGGCCGCAGUACAACGGUGGCUACUGAGGGGCGGAGCAAUGUAUCACGAUAACUGCG